ACAGCAAUUAGCGAGAAUGAAAAUUUCCAGAAAAAGGAUUUCGAAUGGAGAGGGACGAAAUAUCGUGUGGUUGAUACUAUCGGAAAAGAGGUCACAUACGAAAAAAUGGGGGAAUUAAUCCAUUUGAUACCGGAAGGGUUAAACCAAGUUCUAUUGGUGAUUGAUGGAAAAUUCAUGAUAAAGGAAAAAAUAGGAUUAUCCGAGUUAUUUAGAAAAUUAAUUUUUGAAGAUGGUAUUGCCGAAUAUAUCACUAUUGUGAGAACUAAAUUUAGUAACUUUAAAAAUGAAAGUGAGUGCAAAAAAGAUAAAGAAGAUUUGUGCAAGGAAAGUAAAACAAUUGCCAAAUUAUGUAAAAAUAUAGUCUAUGUAGACAAUCCCCCGAUAAGUAUUUUUGUUGAUGAUGAAGACGAUGAAGAAACAAUUAGAAUCAAUAGAAAAAGAAGAGAUCAGUCAAGAAAUAUACUAUUAGAACAUUUGGAGAAAACAUGUCACAAAUUAGAAAAGUGGGAUAAUUUAUGUGCUAAAAUUGACAGUUAUAUUCCCGUUUGA